AUGCUAGCAUCUCAAAAGUUUCCCCAGCGUUUCUGGCUCCUUGUGACUAUUUCUAGUCUUGUCGCCAAUGCUGUCGAUAUUCCCGCACCCGAAAGUUUCCUUCGCCGCGUUUGGCCCUCAGUUUUGGGCGAUUAUGUUUACUUCGAUGGAGGGGAGGUCUCAGAGCUGGUCAAUGGCAUCCAUCCUGUCGCGAACCAUCCUUCAUACUGGGUCAACUCAACGAUAUCCAUUGAUCUUAGAUCAUCAUGGACGAACAUGACCGUUUGCUUGCAAGCGACGCCGAAGACCGAUGUCCCCAUAUUCAACAGUGAAUCGCUUUGGCUCGAUGUUUCCUCCAGAAGCUUCUAUAUUUGGAGUGGAUCGAUGGGUUACGAUCGACUGGCUCCAAAUAAUGAACUUUGGAAGUUCACGGCGGAUGGGAACGGCGGCGGCGCCUGGGAGUCAGUCAAGCCUGGAAAUGAGGCUGCUUUCAGCGACCUCGUGCGUCCCCGUGACUGCAUGUUCUGCGUCGUCAACAAUACAGGAUAUUGCUUAGGCGGUGUGGUUGAAUCUAAGUCCGACCCAUCCAUACCUAAGGGGGUAUCCAUUGCCCUGAGUGGAAUCGUGUCCUAUGAUAUCGGUUCGCAAAAAUGGGAAAAUAUCUCGUCAGUCGGGUUUGGAUCAUAUGGAACACUGUUUUCUGGCCGUGCGGAGCAUGUUCCCUUCGGACCCAAUGGUCUGAUUCUGGUUCUAGGAGGCUUCGAGUCACCAGUUGGGAACCCUAACAAGACAAAUGACAUCGACUUUGGGAAGCUCUGGAUAUGGGACCCCUUAAUGGUACUCUCAACUUACAACAGGGUCGCGGCCGACCCCGAGACAUGCAUGUUGUCGAUCGGUGGCAACGUAGCCACCACGAAAUGGCCAGACUCGCUUCUUGAUCAGGACCCAUGGAGCCAAGGUUUAGGGGUGAUGGACAUGCCUAAAAUGUCCUGGACCUCUGGUUAUGAUGCCAGCGCUGCAGACUACGACUCGCCAGAAAUAAUCAAGGACUGGUAUAGCCAAGGAGAACUGGAAAUGGUGGCUUGGACAAGUGAAGCUGUGCGUGAUAUGUUUACAUAUUCCAAUGUCCAAGAGCUUGAUUCACAUUACGGUGGACAGCAGUAUGUUUCAGAGUUACCCAGCCACGAGAACCAGUUCGCUUCGGAGCUGCCCAACGACGUGCUCCUUGCAGAGCUUCCCGGCAGUAAUUAA